UCUGUUGGCCGCAUCUUCCUCCCGGCCAAAGACUGCCAAACACAAGAAGCUACAUUUACCGGUCCAUUUUAAGUCUUUUAUUGUGUUUCGGUAGUCCUGUAAGUAAUGUAGAAUGGCGUCGAGUUUUGGGAAGAUUGUUGUCGGUACUUAUGUGGAGAUAAAGCGCAGUGAUGGACGUAUACAUCAGGCAAUGGUAACCUCGCUGAAUGAGGACAACGAGAGUGUCACAGUGGAGUGGAUAGAAAAUGGAGACACCAAAGGAAAAGAGAUUGACUUGGAGAGUAUAUUUGCACUUAACCCAGAUGUGGCACCAGAUGAAGAAAUUGCCCCUAGUCCAGAGACUCCACCUCCACCCACACCAACAUGUGUGAAGGUCAACAAAAUUGCAAAGAACCGUCGGACAAUAGCACCUGUUAAGAAUGACACUCCGUCCAGGGAUAAUAGAGGUAUUCCGACUCGGGCCAGACCCACACAGCCUCAACAACCUGAGCCUGCACCUCCGCCUCCAUCCCAGCAGCCUGCACCACCUACUCAGGCUCAGACACAACAGCAACUGCAGAAUGAAUCGUCACAUCAACCGAUUUCCAGAAGGGAGUAUGGACAGCUUUCGAGGAGGAAGUCAAACUGUGUGAAGGAGGUGGAGAAGCUGCAGGAGAAGAGAGAGAGGCGCCGGCUUCAGCAGCAGGAGCUCAGGGAGAAAAGAGCUCAGGAGGUAGAUACCACCAUCCCUAACUAUGAGAUCAUGUACAUGAUCCGGGAUUUCCGAGCCAGUCUAGACUACAGGCCCCUUACCACAGCAGAUCUGAUUGAAGAACACAGAAUAUGUGUUUGUGUAAGGAAACGUCCACUCAACAAGAAAGAAUUGACUGCAAAGGAUUUGGAUGUAAUCACCAUUCCUAGUAAGGAUGUGGUGAUGGUUCAUGAGCCUAAACAAAAAGUAGAUCUUACCCGCUACCUGGAGAACCAGACCUUCCGCUUUGACUACGCCUUCGAUGACAGCACCACCAAUGAGAUGGUUUACAGGUUCACUGCCAGACCUCUGGUGGAGACCAUUUUUGAGAGAGGCAUGGCUACCUGCUUUGCGUACGGACAGACAGGCAGUGGAAAGACACAUACUAUGGGUGGUGAUUUCUCUGGGAAGAACCAAGACUGCUCUAAAGGAAUUUAUGCAUUAGCUGCUCGGGACGUAUUUCUCAUGUUGAAGAAACCCAACUACAGGAAGUUAGACCUACAAGUGUAUGCAACCUUCUUUGAAAUCUACAGUGGAAAGGUGUUUGACUUGCUGAAUCGUAAAGCUAAGCUUAGGGUGCUGGAGGACGGCAAACAGCAGGUGCAGGUCGUGGGACUUCAGGAGAAGGAGGUCAAGUGUACAGAAGAAGUACUGAAACUCAUUGAAGUGGGCAACAGCUGCAGAACAUCGGGGCAGACGUCAGCCAACGCCCACUCAUCCCGCAGUCAUGCUGUGUUCCAGAUCAUUCUUCGGAGGAAGGGGAAAAUGCAUGGCAAGUUUUCACUCAUUGACCUUGCUGGGAAUGAGCGAGGCGCAGAUACAUCGAGUGCUGACCGCCAGACUCGUCUGGAGGGAGCUGAGAUCAACAAAAGCCUGUUGGCUCUAAAGGAGUGUAUCAGGGCUCUUGGCCGCAACAAACCUCACACACCAUUCAGAGCUAGUAAGCUCACCCAGGUCCUGAGAGACUCCUUCAUUGGAGAAAAUUCUCGCACAUGCAUGAUUGCAACAAUAUCGCCAGGUAUGACAUCCUGUGAGAACACCCUCAACACGCUACGCUAUGCCAACAGAGUGAAGGAGUUUGGGAUUAGUCCGUCGGACAUCCCCUUCUCCCAGAGUGGUCAGGGGAGUCGCCCUGACCAUUCGCCCACCAAUACCUUUGAGUACGAUGACUUUGCUGCAACCUCUCCCAGCAGGGUGAAGGAGCUGACAGUGGACCCCAACCAAAUGAUGGAGGGAGGUCGACCCAACAUCCACGCUGUCAACCAGCUUGAUCUCCUGGACGAGGAUUGGUUGAGUGUCUCACCGCAGAGAGACGACCUUAAACUGCUCUGUGAGCAGAAUGAAGAGGAGGUGUCUCCCCAGCUUUUUACUUUCCAUGAGGCAGUGUCUCAGCUUGUAGAGAUGGAGGAGCAGGUCCUGGAGGACCAUCGAGCUGUUUUCCAGGAGUCUAUCAGGUGGCUGGAAGAUGAAAAGGUGCUGCUGGAGAUGACAGAGGAGGUUGAUUAUGAUGUGGAGUCAUAUGCCACUCAACUGGAGCAGAUCCUAGACCAGAAGAUUGAAAUCCUCACUGAGCUUCGAGAUAAAGUGAAGUCAUUCCGCUCUGCACUCCAGGAGGAGGAGCAGGCCAGUAAGCAGAUCAACCCCAAGAGGCCACGUGCUCUGUAGAGACUGGGGCUGAAGUGGUAGAAGUGGCACAUACGAUGACAUAACCACUAGGCUGUCACUACCAGCUGUAAAAAAGUUAAACAAACAACAAAAGCACCAUUAAAAGGACUGACUGAUGUACAAACAGGUUCAAGGAACUGCAACUGAUAUGAUCCCUCUCCUAACAAAAGUGACUGUUCACUCACUAGGGUCUCUGGAAAACUUAGGAAGGAAAAUAGUUUGAUUUCCUUUCUUUUUAGUAGAUUAUUUUUUAUGGAGAGUGUUUAGUCUCCCUUCUCUUUACUUCUUAAAUUAUUUUCUUUUAUACUUGUUUGUACUUUCUUUGAACAGAUUUUUUUGACCUGGUUUCAAAAGAGAGCUUCAAUGAACUCAUGUAAACGUUUACUGCACAAACCAGUGUUUGAUUUCUGGUUUCUCUGGCUGACAUGUCUGCAUGUGCAUUAUGAAAUAGCCUGUGUAUAACACUGUUCUCAGUUUUCCCCCGCCUUUGGGUCCUCAGUUUGCAUUGUAAAGUCAGAACUCAUUACAAAUGGUCUCUUCAUUUUCCUUCCUUCUCGGAGCAUUUUCCAGUCUGGAGGAAGCUUUUAACCCCAUCGUGUUUCUUUCCUUGUGUCCCUGAGAGGUUUUUACCAGUAGUUUGUUUCUGUUUGUGCCAUGUCAUUCUAUGUGGCAACUGACUUUGAAAAAAAACUCUUACUUAACGUAAACAUGUUUUACACCCGUUAACACUUUGUUAUGGAAAUAAAACUAGAAAAUCUGCUAUUAAUAAAUGUAUAGUGAAGACCACUGACCUACAAUUGGUGACGUUGCUCUGUGUUUGCACCGGAUGUAAUGCUGGAUGAAGUAAUAAAGAUUCAUGUGUUUCAUUUAAAGGCUUUUUCUGACAAUGAGUUAUCCAGACUGACUGAAUAACUUCCUUGGGACACUUUCUCCCACCCUUACAGCAAGUCUCUUAAAUAAUGCUAAUAUUUUGAAUUUAUCACCAUUCUCCUCUGUUUUCAAAAAUAAACACAUUCAAACGA